AUGAGCGCGUCGGGGCUGCCUUGGAGCAUCGACAGCGGCGGGUCGGGGCUGCCUCCGCUGCCCAAGAGCCUGAGCGGCUUACUGAAUUCUUCUUCCAGCGGAGGCGCCCCUGGCGGAGCCGGAGGGCGCUGGAGAGACCUGGAGCGGCUCUACGCGCAGAAGUCUCGCAUUCAGGACGAACUGAGCCGGAGAGGUAGCCGCGGCGGCGGCGGAGGGGGGCGAGGAUCUCCUCGCCCGCCGAAGCCCCCGAACCUCGACGCCGCCUUGGCCCUGCUCCGUAAAGAGAUGGUUGGCCUCCGGCAGCUGGAUAUGUCAUUACUGUGUCAACUCUACUCUCUUUAUGAGUCAAUUCAGGAAUAUAAAGGUGCCUGCCAAGCAGUAUCAAGUGCAGACUGUGCAUAUGCACUGGAAAAUGGCUUUUUUGAUGAGGAAGAGGAAUUUUUUUAGAAUGAAUAUUUCUUAGAAAAGCCUUUUUUUUGGGAGUGCAAUGGAGUUGGCAGUUAAGAGAUGAGCGAUGUUUAAUUGGAACUCAAAGUACAUUCUUCCUUCUGCUCAAGAAGAAUUGCUCCAUUUAUUUCCGGCAUGCUGUUUAACCCAAGUUACACAUUAUGUAAAUCCUGCUCUAGGAAAGUAAUGUGCAAUGAAUGUUGAAGCCUCCCAAAGCAUUCUUGACAGGUUAUGUCAGUGUAAUUUGUGCACGGGGUGUUUCUAGAUGGCAGAUGUUGACAGCUAUCUUUGUAUAAGCAGAAGCCUGGCAUUGUACACCUCAUCUCAAAUAUUCUGACAUGUAAGAUGUAGUUAUAUAGUUUGUAUGUUUGUAAUCACUGAAUAGAUCUCUCCAUAAACAACACCUUUUUAAAGCCUCUGAUCUGUGGGAUUGGAGUUCUACCUGUUUUAUACCAUAAAGGAUGAAUUCUGUAACAUCUCAAUAGUUUAAACUUCUUCCAACGUUUUUACUUGGGUUGAUGAUCCAGUUCCCUUUCUUUCUUGCUAAUGUCAGAAUGACUUAUUUAAACCAGUGUAAUAAAAUUGUGUAACGCUUCCUAUAUUUUUACUCAAAUGCAAUAAGAACAAACCAGAGCAGCUCAUUGUACACCUUGCAGCUCCAUUAGCUUCCAUAACUGUAAUUUAGUUGUUCAUUGUCCAGUUAAUAAUUUAAGUUUAACAUACAUGGAUUAACAACAUCAUUUGUAAUACUAAAAUGCUUGGAAGAGAAAUGGUCAGUUUGUCUCUUACGGUCCAAAAAGACCUUAAUGUGUAUGUUAUUAUAUACAGUUUUGUGUUUUUUUGUACUAUAACAAAUGAAUGUUUGAACUGGAACUGUAAUUUGUUAAGCUUUUUCAUGGACAUGUAAUUUAGCACUUGGAGGUAGCCAAGUGGCUGCCUUGGUGGACUAAAUUCAGAAACCCACAGCCUACCUCACAUGAAGAAGUUUAUAGCAACCCCGAGCAGAAGAUGGAAACCUUUGAACUGGUCUUGUGCAUAAUGGUCAGAACCUGAUUGGUUUCAGCUUCCUGGAAUACUUUGGUAAUUGAUAUAUGCAGAAGGAAAGUGUUUUGCCAUGCAGGAAUAUGAUACCAUGUAAGUAAGUGAUUUGUUUUCAUGUGGAUGUCCUAUUUUAAGAUUUGGAAACGUAUUUUCAACCUCAAAGGAGAAAACGGAAAUGACAAAUAAUAAAUCUUCAAGCUUGUUAACUUUGGAUGUGUCCAAAGGGAACAACAAAAUGUGUAAAAAGGACAAUCACAUUCAUACACUUAUAAAAGCAGCUUCUUUAAUCUAUUGCAUUGCUGUAUUGUACACUACGCCCAUCCCUGUUAUGUCAUCCUACCAGGUCUGUCACCAAAUAUCUCUGUUCUCCUGCACAUUAAAAAGAGAUCUCUGCUUUCAAAACCCAACUGAGUACAAAAAGAAUUUGCCAUAUUGGGGAAGUGGGUGGCAUAUAAAUAUAAUAUAUAAAUAAAGAAUAAUAGCCUAGCAAGCAGCCCUACCCACUCAACUCUUUUUGGAACAGGGUAUUUUU